CAACACCAUGCCAAGCGACCUCCGCGAACUGGGGGAGAAUAAUCCGCAGCCGUCAUUGGACGGGAGCGUAGAAACACCUACCACCCGCGCACUAAAUCCUCCCGCUGAUAAUCAGCUUGAUGCUUAUGAGGGCACCAACUACGCUCCAAAAGCAGAGCCCAGGAUCGCGUCAUUGGCAGCAAUAUUUCCGGACUUCGAUCACGCUGUCCUGUCAGAUGUCUUGGACCUGUGCAACGGGAGCCAGGAUCGCGCCAUAGAGAUUCUUCUAGGAAUGAAUGAUCCCUCAUACGCCCCGCGAACCUCUGACACUACCCAGUCUGAGCUGGACGAGCAGCUAGCACAUCGCCUUGCAGCAGAAGAACGUGAAGACUUCAUGAGAUAUAUUCCGCCCCCCAGUGCAACUUAUCCCUAUACUCCCCGUGCUCCCCGUCGGUCGAAUGAACAUGCUAGGCCAGUUGAAGAUGUGCCUUUACAAACCCAAUUCAGAGAUUAUUUCAUGCCCUCUUCUACACGCCAUAGGGGUGUAAACGAUCCUGAAGGUGCCUCUUCCAGAACUGGAGGGGAUUUUCAGGAACAGUUCACGAGGAUUGCGGACACUGGGAAAAGGACUUUUAAUAAUAUAUUUUCCAAGGUCAAGGCGAAGCUACAAGAGUUUGAUACACCUGCGAGCCAACACAAAUCUAGUGCGGCAUCUACGUCAUCUGCUCCUCCCCGGACGCAGCCAGAAGCUUACUAUGCACCUCCAAAACAGGUGACCCUAUCGACAUCACCUCCUAAUGUUAACGAUGACGAUGGCUAUGACUUGACUCCUCAGGCUCCUCUCCCGAUACGUACCGGUAAGCAGGUUCACCUCCCUCCAAGCGAAGCUAAUACCUACCUUUUUGAGAAGCUGCGGGCAACAGCCAAAGGUUGGCACCGCCCGACUCCGCGCAUGCUGAGGAGCCCAAACCGCCAUCAAACCGAUCCUCAUCCCCUUCAACAUCUCCGCCCAUCUCAUCUGGUUUGGAUCGGAGUGAGUGUGCAUCUUCAUGAGCCCCCAACCGCCGUUGACCUCCAACCAUUCGCCGCUUAUGGAGGCAAACUGGGCCUGCUUCCCCGCCGACCAAGAUCCCUAAUUGUAGACGAUCUCACUGCACCAGGCCCGCAUCACGAAGGGAAGACCUCAUCACCCUCGCAGGAUGACGAUGACGACCGUAAGCUCGUGUUAUAAUUAGAAAUUGGUGCUCAGAAAUCCUCAAUGCAUGGUAUAUCUAACAGUGUAUCUUCCGAACCCGGAUCACGCUGAAAG